AACAAAAAUUUAGAAUCAUAAUAUUUAGGUGUGGAUUUCAUUUGUGGUUGUUUAUUUUGCUGCAGCGAAAUACUUUCGAUGACGAAUAGCAUGAGUCCGAUAGAAAUCUGGUCAAUUCAAUAUUAUCAAAUAAUUGAUAAGCUGCACAUUGAUAGCUGCUUAUAAGACAGUCUACUUCCACCUUUCUAUUCAGUCUGCAAAAAGUUAAACCUGUGGAAGUUUGAUUGAAAAAUUAUUGUUGUGUGCAAAAUAUUGUGAUCCAAAUGGCAAUGUACGCCACUCUUUUCCUCUGCGUUCUUUUAUUUUACUUUGCUGAUGCUGGGGUUCUUAAAACUCGACGCGGAUCAAGAGAACUUAGCGGGCGCAUCGUUAAUGGAACAGAAGCAGAUAUGGGGCAAUUUCCUUUUUUGGUCUCUUUGAGAAAGUCCAGCGAACAGCAUUUUUGCAGUGGAACCAUUAUUGCCAAGAAAUGGGUAUUGACUGCAGCUCAUUGUAUGAAAGACUCAUUGGGGAACAACAUUGAUCCAUCGUCAAUAAAGGUUGUUGCUGGCGAAAUAGUGUUGAAAAACAGUAAUAGAUCUAAUCAGAUAAAUGCAGUUGUAAAGAUUGUGGUACAUCCAGAAUUCAAUGAUGAGACUUAUGCUAAUGAUAUAGCCCUUCUGGAGCUGGAACAUUCAUUUAUGUUAAAAUCAGUCUUAGUGCACAAAGUGACAAUAAAUCGAGAAUUUGUCGAACCAGGGACUACUUGUCGAGUAGCAGGAUGGGGAUAUACAAAUUUCACCGAGAAAAGAUUGAGUCCAACCUUAAUGUAUGUGGAUGUGCCAUUGAUGAACAGGAGCAAGUGCCAAGAACUCAUGUUUUCCGAAUCAACGCUACCACAAGGACUUAUGUGCGCUGGAUACCUAGAAGGUGGCCGAGAUGCAUGCGAGGGAGACUCCGGUGGUGGAUUGGUCUGCGAUGGCGCUCUAAGUGGCAUUGUAUCUGCUGGUUAUGAGUGUGCAAGUCCAAAUUUACCGGGAAUGUACACUGAUGUUAAACAUUUUUUGCCCUGGAUUACAAAAUAUGUCGAUGAGAUUCCACUUUUGCAAGAGAAUGAUUUGAAUAAAGAAACUGUACACCUUGGAUUAGUUUAUAGGUUGUAUGAAAUAGUAAGAGAUGCAUUUUUCUUGAUAGACGGGCUACUGUACUUACUAACAUCGUAAUUCUUUGAUUAGUCAUGAUAUCUGUACAUAGUUUGUAAAUUUCAAUCACAGUAUUACUAGAUUUUUAAGUAGUCACUCAUAGUCAUCGCUUUAAAUCGAAUUAUUUUUAAACAAUCGAUAACUAAUCGAUUCAUGACGCUUCCAUUUUAGCAUUAAAUUUAGUACCGUAAAUUGUACUUUUAAGUUUAUAAUAUUUUUCUACCCGAGAAAACUUUUGUGUACUCAGCUAAAAGGAAAUUUAAUAAAUUGCAAUCUUAAAAAUGAUGAAUGAUGAUACAUGUAUGUACUAUGUAUAUCAAAACACAAAUUUUCUUGUACAGAGCGGUAGUAUCAUUUAGUCAAAAAAAUUAUAGCAAAGUUAUCUUAAAUAAGCUACAUUUAUACUUUGAGUUUAUUAUAAUCUUACAAU